CUUGGUGACUCACUCGGCUGCGGAGUAGAAACAACAUGGAAACGUUUGAUAGAAGGCAAGUUUGGGAUAAGGGCAGUGACCCCAGAGGAUCUAAAGAUGAAUGCUUUUGAUAACAAACUCAUAUGCUUACCUUCGAUCGCUUAACUUCUAAAGUUGUUGCAAUUGGCCCUGUGGGACUGGCCCUGCUGAAUUCAAUGAGGACCUUUGGAUUAACGCUAAAGAUCAACGAUCAGUUGUGAGAUUUAUAAGCUAUGCAUUAUGUGCUGCUAAUGAGCUCUAAAAGAUGCACACAGGGUACCCACUGAUCAGGAAGAGAAGUAAAGAACGGGAGUCUCUAUAGGCGGUGGGACUGGAAGCAUUUGUGAUAUAUUAAAUGCUGCACAAAUGAUCUGUGAGAAGCGUCUUCAUCGACUAAGCCAUUUUUCAUUCCAAGGAUUCAAUCAACAUGGCAUCUGGUCACGUGAGCAUGAAAUACAGAUUCCAGGGACCAAACCAUGCUGCAGUAACUGCUUGUGCGACUGGAGCUCAUUCUAUUGGUGAUGCUAUGAGGAUGAUUCAAAUUGGAGACGCUGAUGUAAUGGUUGCUGGUGGUACAGAGUCUAGUAUUGAUGCUUUAUCAAUAGUUGGAUUUUGCAAGGCUAGAGCUUUGACUACCAAGUAUAAUUCUUGCCCUGUAGAAGCUUCACGCCCCUUUUGACAGUGGCAAGGAUGGGUUGUGUGAGUGAAAUUUGGUUGGUUAACUGCUCCAAGCUCAUUGCUUGCACAACUAUUUCUUUUAUGCUACUUUCUAACUUAUCAUACUUUUCCAGUAUAGGUGAAGGUUCUGGUGUCUUGAUAUUAGAGGACCUUGAGCAUGCAAAAAGACGAGAAGCAAAAUUUUAUGUGGAGGUCCGAGGAUAUGGGAUGUCAAGUCAUGCUCAUCACAUUACUCAACCACAUAUUGAUGGGAGAGGUGCCAUUUUUGGCCAUGGAACGUGCCUUGAAACAAUCUGGUCGCAUCCUAACCAAGUGGACUAUGUGAAUGCUCAGCUACGUCUACACCUUUGGGUGAUGCAAUUGAAGCAAAUGCAAUCAAAUCCAUAUUCACUGACCAUGCAACAUCUGGUGCUUUGGUCUUCUCCUCAACAAAGGGGAUUGCACCUUUGACACGAAAUCUCUCUAAACCCGAUCCCAUAUUUAAUGAUGCUUUCAUGCCUUUGACUGCUUCCAAGGAAAUGCCAAUUAGGGCUGCAUUGUCUAAUUCUUUUGGCUCUGGAGGAAUAAAUGCAUCCUUACUUUUUGCAUCCCCUUCCUAGAACGGUUUGAUUGGUCAAACAUUCUUGUUUCGGUGGAUAUUGGAUGUCAUCUCUUUGUUUCGAUUGCACCUGCA